AUGGGAGAGAAUAAGUUAAGAGGUCCCAUCCUGCUGAAACUUUUCAAUAGUUCAACUGUACGACUUAUUUCUUUCGCGGAGAAUGAUUUAUCAGGCGAGCUUCCAUCAACUAUAGGUGCUUUCUUACCCAAUCUUGAGGGACUCUACCUUGGGGGAAAUGAAUUCACUGGAACUAUACUAACGUCUAUCUCAAAUGCUUCUCGGCUCAGAAUGCUACACCUUGGUAUGAAUCAUUUUACGGGUGCAAUUCCUCAUUCUCUUGGAAACUUGAGAUUACUGGAACAGUUUGCUAUAUGGAAAAAUGAUUUUUCUGAGGACUCGCUAUCCAAAGAGUUGAGCUUCAUCAUAUCCCUAACAAACUGUAAACAUUUAAGAAGGUUGUGGAUAGAUGAGAAUCCUCUGAAUGGCUUCCUCCCAAAGUCUAUCGGAAAUCUUUCUAGCUCACUCGAAUCCUUUCAUGCAGGUAGUUGUGGAAUCAAAAAUGAAAUUCCAAGUUCGAUUGGUAAUUUGAGCAACUUAGUAGAACUGUUCUUUGAAAACAAUAGUUUGACAGGGUUAAUUCCAACUACAAUCAAAUGGUUCUUGAAGCUUCAGAGGAUAGAUCUAAGCGACAAUCAAAUACUAGGUGCUAUUCCAAGUGAGUUUUGUAAUUUGCUGAACUUAGGAGAAUUAAGACUUGGACAAAAUAUGUUCUCGGGUAUGGUGCCUUCUUGUUUAGGAAACGUUACAACACUCAGAUAUGUUUAUCUCAAUUCUACCAAUUUAAGUUCUAUGAUACCAACAAGCUUUUGGAGCCUCAAAUAUAUUUUGGAGCUAGACAUGUCAGGAAAUUAUUUGACAGGUUCUUUGCCUGCUGAAAUUGGAAACUUCAAGGCAUUAGUCUAUUUGAACCUUUCAAAUAAUCAAUACUUGGGUAGGAUACCCAGCACUAUUGGAGCACUACAGGAUUUGCAAGAACUCUCCUUGGAACGUAACAAGCUACAAGGAUUGAUACCAGAUUCCAUGAAGAAUAUGCUGCAGUUACGGCAUUUGGAUCUAUCUUUUAACAAUCUGGAAGGUGAAAUUCCCAACUCAUUACAGGUACUGCCAGAUCUCCAAUACUUUAAUGUGUCUUACAACAGAUUGAGAGGACCAAUUCCUCAUGGAGGGCCGUUCGCAAAUUUCACGAACCUAUCUUUUCUCUCAAAUGAAGCAUUGUGUGGCGCUCCUUGGCUCCAACCUUGUGCAAGUAAAUUUGAGCAUGAAUCAAGGACAAAAAGGAUAGUCAUGAUUGUUCUGUUGACAUCAGGAUCUGUCAUAUUAGCCUUGGUGAUUUCAAUUUUUUUGAUACGGUCAAAGUUGAGAAAGAAAAUUCUAGCACCAACUCAGAACUUGCUUCCCAUGGCGACAUUUGAAAGGGUGUCCUUCCAUGAACUUAGACAAAUAACAAAUGGAUUCAACGAGAGUAACUUACUUGGUUCGGGGAGCUUUGGUUCAGUUUACAAGGGAAUUUGUGAAAAUGGGAUGGUUUGGGCCAUAAAGGUAUUCGAUUUGCAACUAGAAGGUGCAUUUAAAAGCUUUGAUCGAGAAUGUGAAGUCUUAAGCUGCCUUCGUCAUCGAAAUUUAACUAGAGUAAUUACUGCAUGCUCUAGUCUUGACUUUAAGGCUUUGGCGCUCGAAUACAUGCCCAAUGGAAGCCUUGAGAAAUGGCUUCAUGUAAACCAUCAUGUCCUAAGUAUCAGGCAAAGGUUGGGUAUCAUGAUAGAUGUGGCUUCUGGUUUGGAAUAUCUCCACUAUGGCUAUUCAACGCCUAUAGCUCACUGUGACUUGAAACCUAGCAAUAUUCUCCUAGAUGAAGACAUGGUUGGACAUAUUUGCGAUUUUGGAAUUGCGAAGUUGUUGGGAGACGAAGAAUCUGUGAUACAAACAAAGACUCUUGCUACAUUUGGAUAUAUUGCCCCAGAGUAUGGACUGGAAGGAUUGAUUUCAACAAGUAGUGAUGUUUACAGCUUUGGGAUUAUAUUGAUGGAGACAUUUACAAAAAGAAAGCCUAAGGAUGAGAUGUUUACAGAAGAAUUAAACCUCAGGCGUUGGAUACAAGAAUGCUCACCAGAUUCUGUGAUUCAGGUUAUAGACGCAGACUUGCUUCAUCCUGAAGAUAAAAUGGUACAAAGGAAGAUUGAAUGCAUAUCGUCUAUCUUGCAACUUAGUUUAAGUUGCACGACAGAUGCUCCUGAGGAGAGAACAAACAUGAAAGAAGUUCUAAGAGCGCUACAGAAGAUCAAACUUCAGUUUAUCAAAGAUAUCACGCCUUAA